AUGUCAUCAACAAAUACAAGCAUCACAGAAGCUAUGAUUAUUAGACAAAAUACCAUUGUAUUCAUACGAGUUUGGUCUUAUUUAAUGAUAAGUUUUGGUACCAUCGGUCACGCAGGAAACAUUUAUGUGUUUACACGGUCUACAUUUCGUUCAAAUCCAUGUUCAUGGUAUUUUUUAGCAGCAACAAUCAGUGGUAUUUCUGUUGUUACCAUUACCACUCCUUUGCGAUUGUUAUCGAUUGGAUAUUCUAUCAAUGCUUUUACAAGUUCAUCAACAGCAUGCAGAAUUCUUACAUUAAUAGUAAUGUGGCCUAGUUCACAAUACGGAUGGUUCAUUGCUUUAACUUGUGUUGAUAGAUUUCUCUGUAGUUCAUCUUCUACCAAGUUACGUGCUUUUAGCUCUCUUCGUACUGCAUCUUAUGUCAUUCCGUUUACUAUUUUAAUUGUUAUCCUCACUUUUGCUCAUAUACCCGUCUUUUAUUAUAUUAAUCCUAAACAACUAUGUGUUGCAUCACCGGGCAUUUAUCUAAGGUUUAUUGGUAUAUGGAAUUUAAUGACAUAUAGUGUGGGUCCACCAAUUGUUAUGCUUUAUUUUGGUUUUCGUACUAUACUGAAUAUUCGACAAUCCAUCCGACGUACUGGAGCAAAUCAUAAUUCAAUUUCACUUCGAAAUCAACAACGUCAAAAAAGAACAGAUCGUCAACUCAUACAAAUGAUGUUGGGUCAAUGCACGAUAUUCAUUUUAACAGCAAGUCUUCCCUCGAUACAAUACAUUUAUACAUCGGUUCGGGCAAAUAUUAUCAUUGAUGACCUUCAAUCAGCUAAGGAUAGUGCAUUUACAAUUAUUUCUGGUUUCGUUUCUUUUAUGGUUCCCUGUUUGGGUUUUUAUUUUUUCACCAUAUCGAGCAAAUUGUUUCGUUCUGAACUCGUCAAAUUAUUUUCUCAAAAACAGAGCAACAGACAGCUAUUUACCACGACUAAUAUUUUAUCAAGAAACAUUUAA